AUGGUAGAUUUUACCACCCCACAAAAAAACAGUGAUGCAUUUUCGCAGCUCGUCAAGAGCCUAAAUGCAUCCUUUGGAGUGGAAAUCCCCGAUCCGGGCAUUGAUUGGUCUCCCCGCGCGUGGCAAAAAGCGGAACGCAAAAGCCUCCCAUGGCUCAGCCUUAAGGCUCUCCGUAAACUAUUCGUCCGCGACGCGGAAAGAGUUAAUAGCGUCAUAAACGACUUCGAGGACUGGAUUGCCGGGCGAUCAUCAGCUUUCCCAACCGCCUUUCAACCCGGGCCAUCCAAUGGAACCCGGGGACGCAAGCGGAGCGAGGAGCCGCAGGUCCUCGGAGAUGCGGAGAAGGAAGCGAGAAGAAAUUAUUUGAUGGAGUUAAUACGCGAUCAAAACUACCUGCUGGAUGGCGGGGGUGUCAGUUUCAAGGCAAACCGGGGCACAAGAGACAGGGAAAUCGGCAUUGAGGCGGAGAAGCAGAGAGCUGAGUCGCCCAAGAGACGGAGAAUUUCGUCUGAUAACGACGAUGAUGAUUUUCAUACCGCGCCCACAUCGCCGACUAAGGUCGAUGCGGAGGUGGCUAUGCCGCCGCCGCCGGGUGUUGACCUUAGGCGGUUGGACGCUGCGCUGGCCCAGGCUCAGACUCUGCUCCCGCUGGGUCAGAAUGGUGGUCAUCAUUCCAAUUGCAGGGAUGACUAUAGAUAUGAGCAUCGUGAUCCCAGCAAGGGAAUGACCUUCUUUGAGAAGCUGCAGCUCGGACAGAAACAGCCCCGAUCAUUUGACAGCACAGGAAACGAUACAGUCAUGACGAGUUUCUCCACUGUUGCUGGGAAUUCUGUCUUUUCGUCACGUAUUGGAAGGUCUUUUGAUACUGAACUCACCGAUCCGGCCGAUGGGAUAGCUACUCAGUCGACGACAUAUGCUGACUCUGUGGUGGAGAGCUUUCUUCUCGAGCAUAGCCAUGACGAUAUCAACCCCACACUGGGUGCGCGUGACAUGAUUGUUGACAAACUCCGACGACUAGGACCUUUCUCGGUGAAACAGAAUCUCCCAGAGACCAUUCCACUGCGAUAUCGAUACGAGCUGGAGCGUGUUGGACGCGCAUGGGGCGUUCCGCUCAGGCACAUGUUCAACCUGGAGAAGGUUCCGUUCAAAAGCCUUGCUGAACUGUACUCAUUUUUUGAGCAGCAUAGAUACCGGCAAGGAAAACCCAUCCCCGAGAGACCGUCGGCCCGAGCUUGGGAAGCGGCUGUCGGGGACUUCAAAACCGAGAGGCACUCGGAAGUGAUCGCGAUAACGGGUGAAAUGAAUUGGGUCGGGAUCGAGGAGGGGAUAUUCGAUUUGAAACUCAACCCUCUUAAAGCGGAGAGAACAUGCCGGUUCCACCGCCGGUUCGGGUCAGAUAGAUUCAUGUCUUUGACUAUCCCUGCACCAUCUCGUCCGCCGCGCGAUAUCGGAUCGCCCUCUCAACCUUCACUUCUCCGCGAAAGUAUGGGCGAAUGGCUCACACGCACAGAGCACCGAUGUCUUGGCCGAGUCUGGCGAGCAUACCUUAUUGAAGAAGUCAAGAGUAAGAGUAAGAAGAAGUCUGAACCUAGAUUUCGCGUUGAGUUUUUCGCUGUCGACGGUGUCGAUUUCUUUCGACAUUCGGCUUUUACUUCCUCUAUCAAAUUUGCGCCACCUCAACAAUCCAGCGAUGAACAUACCCCAAUGUCGGUGGAUGACCUUUUGGAAUGGCAUAUGCCGCAAGAGCACAACGCAGACCAGAAAAAUCUCAAGCUCUUCCAGCGGCUUUCUCUUGGGCUUUCGAAGACAUUUGUUUCGGUUUCUUUGAAACCGACCCAGGUGCUUCAUAUGAAAGAUGAUCCUAAAUGGGAUCAAGUGAUGAACGAUGGCUGUGCACUCAUGUCCAGACCACUGGCAGUUCGAAUCUGCAAGGUACUUGGCAUAUCGGGGUAUACGCCAAGUGCCUUCCAGGGUCGAAUUGCCGGCGCAAAGGGCCUCUGGAUGGUAGAUCAGCAGCACCCGAAAUCGCAACACCCCAGUUUCUCCGAGAAUGGUAUGGAUGGUAUUUGGAUUGAGAUCUCGGACUCCCAAUUGAAAAUUCACCCGCACCCACAAUAUUGGGAAGGCCUAUUUGACGAAGAGAAGUUGACUUUCGAAGUCGUUAAUUGGUCCAAGUCUUUGCACCCCGUUGCUUUGAAUCUCCAGCUGCUGUCAAUUCUGGAGCACGGCGGGCAGGUGAAAGAGUAUGUUGCCGAACUGACGCGAAAGGGACUUGAGGGUAUGGCCAAUGAACUUGAAGAGGUCUUACAGUCCGAUAGCAGUAUUCUCUGUCGCGGGUUCGUACAGAAGAUGAAGCCGACCGGUGAUGGAGCGAAAAGCUUCCGGCAACUGGACAGCUGGAUUUUCGAUGAUGCGGAGCAUAUCAUUCGUCUUUCAGAGGCUGGAUUUUGUCCCCAAAGCUUUUUUCCGCUUCGAAAAGCUAUUCAUAAGCUCUUCAAGCAUUGCUUGGAGGCGCAGGUCGAGCGUCUGCAUAUCGAGGUGCCGCUUUCGACCUAUGCAUACUGUAUUGCGGACCCACUGGACGUCCUUGAGCCCGGCGAGGUGCAUUUCGCCUUCUCGACUAAUUGGCGAGACCCAGAGGGGACGUUUCAACGGACCCAUCUGAUGGAUAUGGAUGUUUUGGUCGGCCGUUUACCCGCCCACGUUCCAUCUGAUAUUCAACGGUGCAAAGCCGUGUAUAAGCACGAGCUGAGCCAUUUCCAGGAUGUAAUUGUUUUCUCGCGCAAGGGCAAGAUACCCCUUGCCCAUAUGCUAUCUGGCGGUGAUUACGACGGAGAUACUCCCUGGAUUUGCUGGGACCCAAAUCUCGUCGACAAUUUCCAGAACUCGAACUUACCAGCAGACUUGGACCUCGCCGCCGAACAUUUUGGCUUGACAAAGCAUAAUAAAUCCAUGUCACAGAUGAAUUCUACCGAGGAUUUCCUUCAGAGCGCCUUCGAGUUCAAUCUACAUACGUCGCUUCUAGGUCGAUGUACCAUCGAGCAUGAGAAAAUCGCCUACGAUGAAUCCAUCGAUAGUUCGCGGGCGAAAGAACUUGCCUGCCUUCUGAGCCACCUUGUCGAUGGACGAAAGGGCGGCGUACUCUUAUCAGAAGAUGCCUGGAAGAACUACCGUAAAAAAGUCAGCCCCCGACCACGCCUGUGGCCCGCAUACCGCGAGAAAGAGGGGGACCGCAAGCCAAAGCGAAGCAACAUUGUGGACUACCUCAAAUUCUACGUUGCCGAACGACUAAGCAAGCAGAUUUUGACGGACAUGGAAGCCAAAUUCCCCAUGGAACAAGGAUUCCGACAGAUCGACCCGGACCUCAUCCGCCCAUGGCGUGAGACUCAACUGCGCGCAGGAAGUCAGCUCGACAGCGAACUACAACAAAUCCUUCGAGAGAUCCCGGCCGGAAUCGAGGAAAAGAGGAAUACUUGGAUGACACUGAAAGCCGAGAACGAAAAAUAUUCGUUCCGCGCCCAACAGGCCGUGGAUUUGGUUAGCAGUCUCCAGCCGUCUGCCACGUCCAAUCACCCGCUUGUGCAUACAUGGCAAAACAGUCCCCGGGAGUGGCAGCGUAUUCUCGCGUCUUGCUGUUACGAGAGAUUCGGGCACCAUCUUUUCACGUGGUUUGCGUUCGGGGAUGUGUUGUGUGAUCUGAAGACGGAGACUUCGCCCUCGCGUCGCAUGAGUAACGUCAUGUACUCGUGCUACAAACUGAACCAGAAAAUGGUUACUAGUCUGACGGCCAGUGAGCUACCAGCUAGCAACGUGGGGAGCGAUAGCUUCGGCUUCGGCCUCGGCGACGGCGACGGCGACGAAUAUGAAGGAGAAGAUGCUAUUGAGGCCUUACUGUUGGUUGGCAAGGAUGAUGUGGGGUACCUUGAUGGACUGGAGGAUGGAUCGACCAUCCAAUGA